AUGAAUUCGCAAGAAAAGGAUUCUCAGUGGGAUAUUACAAUAUCCUUUUCUUGGGGAGGAUGGCUCGAAAUGUAUUCCUUUGGCGUUGCGUAUGCCCUUCUGAAAUCUGGUAUGCUAAAGCGUUGGGAAAGCGAAGGUAAGCGCGUUCGUUUCAUAGGUGCCAGUACAGGGGCCCUUGUCGCUGCUUGCUUAGCCUUUCGUCAGGAUGAUUUUGAAGGAAUUUUCAACUAUCUGGCGCGCUGUGCUACCUACUAUCGCUCCUCUCUUUGGCAUUUGACUCAUGCAGAUCGUUUUCUGAAAGACUCUAUUGCUAAGUUUGGUGACAAGUUGCGGGAAAUCGACCACAAUCCUCAGCUAAGGCGUCGCCUGGAGGAAGGCUCUUUUGAGGUGGUCCUCUCGGUGUUGCCGUCGUUGUCGCCUCGCUUGAUCAAUUCCUUCAGUACUUUUGAGGAUGUUAUGGAGGCACUCACUGCAAGCUACUGCUUAGCUCCACUCGCGGGAAUGCCCUUUAAACUGAGGAAAACAGGCGAGUGGGUUAUGGGUGGUGGCGUUAGCAACUUUACACCGCGCAUGUGCGAGCAGAAUGUUAUAUCUGUUUCGACGAUAUAUUUUCACGAGACAACUAUCCAUCCAAGGAGGUUCUUGCCCUCGUGGUGGGUUCUAUUCCCCCCAUCAGAUAGAAAGUAUAGAUCCCUCUUCUGGAUGGGGUACAACGAUACGAUUGAAUUCCUCAUGUCGGACGGAAAGCUUUCAGCCAUGCAGGCCGAGCUUCUACUAAAACCUGGUGUCGAUUUCAAGAUAUAUGACACCUACUUUGAGCUUUUGAAAUCAUUUGCUCUGGAAUUCACUGUCUUGCUAUGGCUGCGACCAGUCAUUCACAUAUGCAUUUAUGUAAACUUCUUUUUCCUGAUUAUGUGGCAUCUAUGUAAGAAUACGGCUAAUUUUGUGAGAGGGUUCUUGUAUAAUUUAUACAAUAGUCUUCACAGUGCUAUUUAUUCGUGA